AUGGCGUCGCAAAGUCCCCCGAACUCGAGGCCAGGGACCGCACGGAAGCGGUCGGAAAGUGCAUCGGCCAUGGCGCCGACCUUGAUUGAUCCUAACGACGCGCGCCCCGUGAGCAGAGACCGGUCUCAAUCAGUGGCACACAAUGAAGGACAGCGACAACUACCAAGUGCGGAGUUGGGUGGCGCGGAUCGUGUAUUUCCCAUCCGCUCGGUUGUCUCUGUCGAUCCGACCGUCGCGCAACCUGCGUCAGCAAGCAUGCGGGGUGCGGUGUCGCCAACCCGCGCAGGCGCUCGCCAGUACUCGAUAAUCGACGAACAUACUUGGCAGAACCUGCAGUCCCAGCCGCAGCACCCUCAAGAGCCGAUUAUGCCUACGGAUACUCUACGCCACGAAACCAUUGCCUCCGAUGAUAAGACUGAAUUGGCCACCCACUCCAUGGCAUCCCGAGUCGCCCAGCAUCCAGAGAUAUAUGCCAAGGUUAAAUGUGACAGCCAGUCUGCUAGGAGCGGUACUCCUCAACCACCAGCGCAAGCACCGGCCGAUUCUAUUGAGUCUCAUGGCCAUGUCACGGCCCGGUUCAAGCAUAUCGUGACGGAGGGUGGCCAUGCCGUCAUCACAGGACGAGACGGAGAGGCGUUUCAAUAUUGCGAGGAUGAGCCUAUCCGCAUUCCUGGCGCGGUGCAGAGCUUCGGCGUCAUGAUCGCCUUGCGAGAAGAGUCUCCAGACCAACUGGUGGUCCGCGUGGCGAGUGAGAAUUCGCAACAGCUAUUGGGGUAUUCCCCAAAACAACUGUUCGAGUUGAAAAGUUUUUGUGAUAUUUUGAAAGACGAACAAACCGAUUCUUUACUGGAUCAUAUUGAUUUCGUCCGUGACGACGCUUAUGACCCCGGCGUGGAUGGACCGGAAGUGUUUGGCUUGACCAUUCCAACACCUGACGGCGAGAACCGCCGUUUCUGGUGUGCGACGCAUGUUAGUCAGGCGCAGAAAGAUUUGAUCAUCUGCGAGCUGGAGUUGGAAGAUGAUGAGACGAACCCAUUGAAUGUCGGCGGAUUGGAGACGCCCUCCAGCCCAACUGGAACUUUGGGGUCCUUCCCCAGUGCGGAGCAGUUUGCAGGCAGCACUGUCAAUAUCAGCCAACCGCUUCGGGUUCUACGUAACGCCCGACGACGAAGAGGCGAGGCUGCAGCCAUGGAGGUAUUUAGCAUGUUGUCACAGAUUCAAGAGCAAUUGAGUCGAGCGAAUGACUUGGAUACUCUUCUCAAUACUACCGCUGGGUUGGUGAAGGAGCUGACAGGCUUUCAUCGUGUGAUGAUCUACCAGUUUGACAGCAGUUGGAAUGGCUUAGUUGUGGCGGAAUUAGUUGAUCCCAAGGUCACAAUCGACCUUUACAAGGGUCUUCAUUUCCCGGCUUCCGAUAUCCCUGCACAGGCACGUGAGCUCUACAAGGUCAACAAAGUCAGACUCCUAUACGAUCGUGACCAGAUUACAGCGCGACUCGUGUGCCGGACCCUAGAGGACCUGGAAACACCCUUGGACAUGACUCACUCCUAUCUCCGCGCAAUGUCACCAAUCCACAUCAAAUAUCUCGCUCACAUGGAAGUCCGAUCGUCAAUGUCAAUCAGUAUCAAGGCUUUCAAUGAUCUCUGGGGUUUGAUCUCGUGUCAUUCGUAUGGAAAGGCCGGAAUGCGUGUUUCAUUUCCCGUUCGGAAAAUGUGUCGUCUUCUGGGUGAUACAGUCUCGCGGAAUAUCGAACGGCUUUCGUAUGCCUCGCGUCUUCAAGCUCGGAAGUUGAUCAACACUGUGCCUACCGAGGCGAAUCCGUCUGGUUACAUUAUUGCUUCCUCCGACGACUUGUUACAACUCUUCGAUGCAGACUACGGUGCGCUGUCUAUCCGCGAUGAGACCAAGAUUUUGGGUGACAAUACCCACUCUCAAGAGGUCCUUGCUCUUCUUGAGUUCCUUCGCAUGCGCCAGAUGAACACAGUGCUCGCCUCGCAUGAUAUUAUCAAAGACUUUCCAGACUUGCAAUACGCUCCAGGUCUCAAAGCGAUCUCGGGGUUGUUGUACGUUCCUCUGUCAACAGGCGGCAGUGACUUUAUUUGUUUCUUCCGUAAAGGCCAGCUCACAGAGAUCAAAUGGGCCGGCAACCCGUACGAUAUUGCAAAGCGGAAGGAAACAGCAGGAUACUUGGAGCCUCGCAGCAGUUUUGCCGCAUGGCAGGAGACUGUCCUCAGCCAAUCGCGCGAGUGGUCCGAAACUGACGUUGAGACCGCUGCCGUUCUCUGCCUUGUCUAUGGUAAAUUCAUCAAGGUCUGGCGACAGAAAGAGGCGGCGAUGCAGACCUCUCAGUUCACCAAGCUUCUUCUCGCAAACUCUGCCCACGAGGUUCGUACUCCGCUGAAUGCGAUCAUCAAUUACCUGGAGAUUGCGUUGGAGGGUGCUUUGGAUUCGGAAACUCGAGAGAGUUUGAUAAAAUCUCACUCUGCCUCCAAGUCCUUGAUCUAUGUCAUCAAUGAUCUACUGGAUCUCACCAAUACCGAAAAGGGCCACGAGCUGAUCAAGGAUGAGACAUUUGACCUUCAAACGACGUUCCGGGAGGCGACUGACAUGCUUGCUGGCGAAGCCAAACGCAAGAACAUUUCAUACACUGUUUCCGCCAAGCCUGGCGUGCCUCGCAUGGUUUUGGGCGAUGAACGUCGUGUGCGCCAGGUCUUCUCAAACCUUGUCUCGAAUGCUAUCCAGCAUACUACCUCUGGCGCGGUUACCGUUGAGAUGUGGCGGUCUGUAAACCAAGACUUGCCUGGGCACGCGGCCGUGGAGAUGAUGGUUUUGGACACGGGAGCUGGCAUGUCGAAAUCUAAACUUGAAGCUAUCUUCUAUGAGCUCGAGCAAGUUUCCACCGAUGAUAUCUACUACCAAGAAGAAGACCCGACGACUGCGCAAGGGCCGGAGAAGAAAAAGGCUUUGGGACUCGGUCUUGCCUUGGUCGCAAGGAUUGUUCACAACAUGCAAGGUCAGUUGGGUGUCAAGUCUGAGGAAGGCAAAGGUAGUCGAUUCAAGGUUCUUCUACACUUUAAACUACCCGAGGGAGUGUCGACCGAGGUGCCGCCCGAGCCCGUUAUGCCCAGCUCCGCUGCUGUACCGCCGACGCCUAUGAUCUCUGAUCGCGAGUUUACAUUGGUUGGAGGGGUUGCUGAACGUCGUGAAGAUCGACGACGCAGCUCCGAGAGUCUUCGCAGCGGAGGCAGCUCGCGCAGCGGUAGGAGUCACGCCGAUCGUUUGAUUAGCGCCAUACAAGAGCCUGCCUUAGUCCAGCGCGCUUUCAGUGACAGCUCCGAUGUGCGCCAGGCAAUGCUAUCAACCAGCCCACCCGUGAGCGCAAGCCGUUUAUCGGCCACCAUGAGUUCCCCACGGCCGAAUAGUCUGAAAAACACACCCAUUACACAUGACCCCCUGGCUAGCCUGUCCACUGUCAUCCACACACCACCGCCUACUUUGCAACCAUUCAAGACACCGCCCGCUCCAGGCACGGCAAACGUGACCGACUCCGGUGUGCCGAUGGGAGCCGUUCGUGUUUCGGAAUGGAACAUUCAACGCAGAGUUGAUCAGCAGGCUGAGCAUCAGUCAUACUUCCCUCCCAUUCCUAUCGCAACAACUGAAUCAUCCUUCACGACCUCGGUGUCAGCCCCACCCCCAUCAACAGUGCCUACUUCGGUCACUCCUUCGACUACCCCGCUGCUUCACCUCCUUGUUGCAGAGGACGACCCCAUCAAUAGCAAGAUCAUCCACAAACGAUUGACCAAACUCGGCCAUACCGUGGUCCUUACCGGCAAUGGUGAAGCUUGCGCGAACGCCUUCACAUCGGCCAGCCGAAACUUUGACGUUGUCCUCAUGGACAUUCAGAUGCCCAUUGCCGAUGGGAUGGCUUCCACCCGAAUGAUUCGUGAAUUCGAAGCUACGACUCCAGACGCUCUGUCGGACAUAGCUCAACAAAACGAGCGCAUCCCCAUCUUCGCUGUAUCAGCAUCACUGCUUGAGUCGGAGAAGCAGAAAUACAUUGAUGCCGGCUUUGAUGGCUGGGUCAUGAAGCCAAUCAACUUCACACGGCUCAACGUUCUCUUAAGUGGACUUUGCAAUCGUGACGCGAGGGCAGCAGCUUCGUACAAACCUGGCCAGUGGGAAAUCGGCGGCUGGUUUGAUAUGUAG